AUGUCUUCAAGCGACAAGAACCUCACGGUCGAAACCGCUACCAACCUUCUUCCCUUCGCUAACCCAAACCUAAGCUGGGAAUCCAACGACGAGACCUCACAGAAAGGCUUCACUGUUAGUGGAGUCGAUAACACUCCAGGCAAGAAAGCUCUCUUCUUCAUCCUCGAGGCGAAGCCCGGCAAGGAGCACCUGGUACAAGGCUUUCUGAAGGACAUCAAUGAGGGCGUGCUCCAAGAGCCCGGAGCGGGACCCUGGAUGGCUUGGAGAUACUCUAAGACAACAUUCGGUGUCUUUGAGGGCUUCCCCGACGCUGAGGCCCGUCGGGCUCACAUCAAUGGUCCUGGAGGACGCAACUUUCUCCGCACUGACGUCCUCAAGGAGAUGCUCGCUCACCCUGCGCAAGUUCACGAACUUGAUAUUCAGCAUGGCAAGUGGGGAACAAUUUUUGGUCAGAUCGUUCAGCCUGUGGCCUAA